AUGACUAUCCUUCUCUCCAUCCCGCUCUACUACCGAUCCUCUUCGUACCCCAUCCACAAACCACACAUCACAACCACAGCCGAAUACAUUGCUCUCCCUCAUUCCAACGACACCUACAUCCAAGACAAGAACAAGGCCAUUGCCAAAGACGCCGCCGAGUGGGGCUGGCUCAUCUACGACAUCGACGUCACACUGCCCACCAUGCAAAAGUGGUGGGAAGCCUAUCUGGCCAAAAAGAGAGUAUCCACCUGGGACGAUGAUUUAUGGCGCAUAUGGCAGAGAGAACAUGCAGUCAAGCUUGCAGAGAAAGAAGAGAAGAGCAGGGAAAACGCAGAAAAGGAAGGCCAUGAAGCCCAAGAGCCGACGGGUAAGAUGGGGGUAGUGAAGAACGGCGUCAAGAAAUGGGCUAAACGACGUUCCCGAAACGCGACCGACGAACGGCUGAGACGCCAUGAAGAGAACAUGUCUGCGUUGAGGAAGAAGGGCUUGAGCGAGAAGGCGCAAGAAAAGGCAGCCCAAGGGCAAAAGGCAGCAACGACGACGACAACAAUGGCAAAGGGCGAAUGCGAAGUAAAUGUUUCCGAGACUUCGCUAUCCGACUCGUUUAUGGAGGCACUGGAGAGCAUGGGCAGACUGCGAGACAACACCGGCGACAAUCGAGAUACGUCGAAUCCCUUUGUGCUUAUCAAACAAUCAUGGCUGUAUCGAGCCUAA